AUGGUUUCGCGAGGGCUACCAGUGUUGGCCGACGUGGUGUCGCGAGGGCUACCAGUGCCGGCCAGUGAGCAGACCGUCCUCUCCUCCGUCCCCCUCAGCGGGCCUUCUCCCUCCAUAAACUCCUUCCUCCUCUCACAGCACCUUCCUUCCCCCCUCGUCCUCUCCGCCUUCCCCCUCUUAGCGCGCCUACCUCCCUCCUCCGUCCUCUCCUCCUUCCCCCUCUCAUCACCCGUCAUUCUCCCGUCUGCCCUCUCCUCCUUCCCUUUCUCAUCACCCUUCCUUCCCCCCCCUGUCCUCUCCUCCUCCCCCCUCUCAUCAACCUUCCUUUCCCCCUCCGUCCUCUCCUCCUUCCCCCUCUUAGCGCGCCUACCUCCCCCGUCCGUCCUCUCCUGCUCCCCCCUCUCAUCACACUUCCUCCCUCCCUCUGUCCUCUCCUCCUACCCCCUCUCAUCAACCUUCCUUCCCCCCUCCGUCCUCUCCUCUCGCGCCUUCUUCCCCCUUCCGUCCUCUUCACCUCCCCCCUCUCAUCACCCUUCCUCCCCCCCUCUGCCCUCUCCUCCUUCCCCCUCUUAUCACCCUUCAUUCCCCCAACUGUCCUCUCCUCCUCCCCCCUAUCAACCUUCCUUCCUCCCUCUGUCCUCUCAUCCUCGCCCGUCUCAUCAACCUUCCUCCUCCCCCUCUGUCCUCCCACUCUUAUCAACCUUCCUUCCCCCCUCUGUCCUCUCCUCCUCUCCCCUCUCAUCAACCUUACUUCCCCCCUCUGUCCUCUCCUCCUCCCCCCUCUCAUCAACCUUCCUUCCCCCCUCCGUCCUCUCCCCCUCCCCCCUCUCGUCACCCUUCCUUCCCCCAUCUGCCCUCUCCUCCUUCCCCCUCUCAUCACCUUUCCUUCCCCCCUCUGUCCUCUCCUCCUCCCCACUCAUCAACCUUCUUUCCCCCCUCUGUCCUCUCAUCCUCCCCCCUCUCAUCAACCUUCCUCCCCCCCUCUGCCGUCCCCUCCUCCCCCCUCUCAUCACCCUUCCUUCCCCCCUCUGUCUUUUCUACGACAUAUAUACCAGACUGGCAGGCCGCUGUGGAUGGAAACAUUCCUGA